GUUUUCGCCUUUAUUCGUCUGUAUUCGCAAAAUUUUUCAAACUCUCCUAAGCCGCCCGGCUGAUUGUCAAAGAUAUCGGUAACGAUCAGGGUAUGAAGUACUCUCUUAUCAGGGGGACCAUCGUGCGCCUGCAAAAAUAAGCGACUAGCUGACCCGUUAACACUUCAGUCUCGUUCUGGACAUCUUCCGAUAACGUCAUACUGUCUUCGAUCCGGCUCUAAGACACGAGGAAGCCGAUUCGUGUCUUCAUUACACGGAUUGUAUGUAGAGCCUGAUCGAAGGCGGUCUUAAAGUUGUGCGUCGUGCGCCUCGCGCGAUGUACGUUUGAAUUCAAAAAUAAAAAAAAGUUCGUGGUACUGGUGAAUUGGAUAAUAACGUGGUAAUCGUUACUUGUCAAGAGUUCUAAUCAAAUAUUGUGCAAAAUGGAACAAGCCGAGAAAAAAGGAAAUGAAAAAAUUGCGCUAAAACGGGAGUUAGGCCUGUUCAGUGCAGUGGGCAUGAUCGUGGCUGUUAUGAUCGGUUCCGGAAUAUUUGUAUCCCCCACUAGCGCUCUCGAAAGAUCAGGAUCUGUCGGCCUUUGUCUGAUCGUCUGGAUUUCUUGUGGCUUAUUAUCUCUACUGGGAGCACUUGCGUUCGCCGAAUUAAGUACAGUCGUUCCACGAUCCGGAGCUGAAUAUGCUUAUUUCAUCGAAGCUUUUUCACCCCUGCAUCACUAUGCCGGCCAAAUACCAGCAUUUAUAUGUUCGUGGGUUUACGUAAUGGUAUUACGACCAACAGAAGUGGCGGUAAUCAUGUUGACAUUCGCCGAGUACAGUGUACAACCGUUUUCUGGAUAUUUAGAAAAUCUUUCUGAAGAAUGGAUGUUCAGAUUAAAAAAACUUAUAGCUAUCCUAGCACUUGGCCUAAUCACGUACAUUAAUUUAACCAGCGUAAAAUUAUACGUGAAAGUUCAAAAUAUAUUUACCGUAUGCAAAAUAGUUGCGUGUAUUUUCGUGAUUUGCGGUGGAAUAUGGUGGUUAUACACUGGUCAUACGGAGUUAUUGGAGAAACCGUUUCAUGGUACUACAACUUCAGCAGGCAACGUGGCGCUAGCGUUCUAUAGUGGAUUAUGGGCUUACGAUGGAUGGACUUCCGCUGCAAUCGUCACGGAAGAGAUUCAGAAACCGGAAAUUAAUAUUCUCAGAAGUAUUUUAAUCGGUGUACCUUUGAUCACUAUUUUAUACGUUUCGAUGAAUUUGAUGUACAUGGCUGCUCUAACGAUACCUGAAAUGGUAAGAGCGCCAGCUGUGGCAGUUCUCUGGGCGAAAAAAGUUUUACCCUCCUGGUUAGGCUUUGUGAUACCUUUGGGUGUUGCAAUAUCUACUUUUGGAUGUAGUCUUAGUAUUCAAUUCGGAGUAUCCAGACUCUGCUAUGUAGCCGGUCGUGAAGGCCACGUACCCAGAGUUUUCAGUUUCGUACAUAUCGAAAAAAUGACUCCCGCUGCGGCAGUAGCGUUUCAAGGAUUACUUACGCUACUUUAUCUGCUCACGGGAGAUAUUAUCGCACUUAUCGAAUUUGCAAGCUUUUUAACAUGGGUAUUUUAUGGAUUUGCCAUGUUAUCAUUAAUAAUCAUGCGGCGAACGAAACCAAAUGCAUCGAGACCAUACGCGGUACCGAUUGUAGUACCUUGGCUAAUAUUAGGAGUUUCUAUUUUCUUGGCUGUAACACCAAUCGUGCACGAACCAACACCGAAAUACUUGUUUGCAUUGUUAUUUGUUCUUCUUGGCAUUGUCGUUUAUCAUACGUACGUGUAUAAAAAAAUUAAAAGUAGUUUGGCAACGAAAAUCACGUACCUGAUCCAGGUAUUAUGCCUUGUUGUUGCUCCAGAUAAAGAAGACUGAAAAAUAAUUUCUCACUUCACAUUUUAAUUAUAUAUAAGACCAUUUAAAUUAUAUGAUAUGGUUAAGGUUGAAAUAUAUUUAAUAAUUCAAUUGAGAGAUAUUUUUAAAUCUCUUAAUAUCCAUUAUUAUUAUUAAAAGGAUAACAAUAUUAAAUUUAUUCAUUUUACAUUUUUUAAUUAAAAAUUUUUAUAAUGUAUAACAAAUUUUUAUAUUUGUGCAGUAUUGUAAAAUAUUUAAUAAUGUAACUACAAAGAUAUAAUAAAUAUUAAUUACGAUAUGUAAUAAGUAUAAAAUAUAAUUAAUGGAAAUGUCAAGUAUUUAUUAUAUCUUUACAUAAAUAUACUUUAAAUAUCACAAUACUGUAAUAUCAAAGUUUACAAUAAUAUCAAUAUUUCAGUAUUAUGAUGACAAUAAAUACUAUUAAUAUCAAUUAUAA